CAGACUCCCUUUGACACUUGACAGGCAAACAAACAAACAGAGAUCAUUAGGCGGAGGGAGAGAGAGUGAGGGGACAGAAGAUAGUACCAUUUAUUGCUUACAAGGAAUCAAUCCCAAUUCCCAACCCCAAUCCCAUCUUUUUCCUUCUUCCCCUCCUCUACACUUUCCCCCCAUGUAUGCCACACAUGUUAGAGAGAGACUUCACAAGAUAGAGUGGUAAAAAGGAGGAGAAAGUGGCAGGGCAGUGAAAGAAGAAGAAGAAGAGAGAGAGAGAGAGAGAUGUGAGCAGAAGCAGUCCAGCAGCUGCAGUGGCUGACAGCCGAGUGAGACAGACAGCAGCCAGAGCAAGCACAGCAUCCUCCCCUCCCAACCAGUCCAGUCCAGUCCAGUCCAGUCCAGAUCGAGACGAGAGCGAAGAAAAGAAAACAACAGCGCCUUCCUCAGAUGCGGUGAAACACCGAGGGGAGAAGGGGGAGGGAAGGAGAAAUUUUCUUCGUGCAAGGAAAACAAAAACAAAAGAAAAGCAAGCAUGCAGAAAGGAGACACCUCCCCUCCCUAGGAUGGCAUAGGACGACUCCAAUUAUUUUCUCGCUCCCUUCCUGGCCACUGUGCAAAACGAAGAUUAUGGCGGCUGUGAUGGAUUUGGAUCUCAACUGCUCGCCGCCGUCGCCGGAGCCCGCUGCCCAGGAGGACCUCAGGCGGUCAAUGCUCCGCCAAGAACACGCCUUCCGCGAUCAGGUUCGGGUGCAGAACUUGCACAGGCUGUAUUGGACUCAGAAGAAUCUCGCGGAUAUGCCGCCCUUCUGGAAGCAGUCCAAUGGUGUGCUGUAUGCUCACCAUCCGCCGCAUUAUUCUCACACGAUGGAUUCGGAUGUCAGAGAGAAUCCAGGUGUUUUAAGCCAUUGUUAUGAGAGAGGGAAGCAGGCCCGUCGAUGCCACGAUGAGGGCACAGAGGAGAAUUUGGACGUCAAGGGUUCAGUUGGGAAAAAAACUGAUAAUUGUAGUGUGCAGGGGAGGCCUGGUUACCGCUGUUUGAUAGAUUUAGAGAAACCGGCGACAUUGGAUGAUGAUGUGGAGAUUGUUUCUCCCCCUGGCUUCAUCAGUUAUGCUAGCCAGAAUGGUGGCUCUUCAGAUAAAUCCCAAUGUGUCUGGGUGCAGAGUUCACCUCUGGUGUUUAGUCACUUGCGCGGAGAUCAGACUAUUCCUCACGUUAGUUCUGGUUCAACUGGUUCUAGUGAUACUCCAGACAGUCAUUCACCUGCUAAAGCAAAGACUACUGAAUCUGGACGCAUGUUCUUCGACCUGAAUGUAGCUCAGGAAGAUGAUUUGAAUAUUUGCCCUCAUCCCUCCAAAGAUUUUUGCAAUAAUUCCAACAAAAUAUUCCACAAGGGAAGUGAAUCCAGUGUUGGAUCAUCGAAGGGAUCUUCCAUCACAGCUGUCAUGACCAUCUCUGCUCCAGACAACUCAAGGGAAGAGAUGGCUGCAGGAUUGUUUCGUGAUUCUCAGAGCCACCGGCCUUUCUGUGUGGAAGCUUCAAAAUACAAUGCGCUUCUCAGAGGAAAUAUCCAGCAUCAACACGCACUAGAUAAGAUUUCUGGAUUAGAUGCUCAGGAUUGUAUGGUAAUACCGCGAAAAGCAUUGUCAGUUAGUUCCAACGGUGGAAAUAAUUCUUUGUCAGGUUUACCUGAAUUGGGAGACAGACAAGCCACUAAUUUGAUGGGGCAACCCGCUGUUGUUCUGCAUAAGGAGUCCCAAGAGGAGACUAUAACAGUAAUAUCUGAUGAUGAAAUGGAAGGCAUUGACUUAAACGUAUCGAUUGAGAGCAUUGAUUUGCCAUCAAAGGUAUCAAAUAAUUACAUAGGGCAACCUAUAUAUAAGGAUGGAAGUGAAGAAAACUCAUCCAGUCGUUAUUUUCGUCAGAUUGAGGGUCAACAAAGUAUUCCUUUUGUUGAAUGUCCAACUAUUAAAAACCAUCACAUGGCUGAGAGUAAGGACUGCAAGAAUGUACAGUCUCCAGUUUCUGGAAUUGCAAUUAGAAGGUCAGUUCUUAUCCCGGAAACUCCUCAAGGUCGUGACUAUGCUUGUCCAAUGCUGAGAUUGUCGAAUAAUGGAGCAUCAGUUCCUCUUGAUACUGUCAGCAAUCAUCAGGCGGAGUUGGAAGAGGAUGAAAAAAGUGCUACUACAGCCGCUGAGACACUCCUUUCCAUAUUCGCGAACAAUUCUGCUUGGAUGACAGACAGCCAUGGAAGCAACAGUCAAACGGAUGCUCAGGUUGGAAUUCACCAACCUCAGCCUUCGUUGAAUUCUUUCGAAGAAAGCAUAUUGAACCUUGAGGAGAUCAAAGAUGAUGUGGAAUCAAUUCCAGUGAGACCACCUGACAAGGAAGGGCCAUCCUGCGGGAUUAAGCUGAAGAGAGGGAGGGGCCUGAGAGAUUUCCAAAGGGAAAUAUUACCUGGGCUCGUCUCUCUGGCGAGGCACGAGAUAUGCGAUGACUUGCAUUCCAUAGGGUACGAACUCAGGAAAACUCGGUCAAGGAGAACCUCGGGUGAUCAGUAUCCUCAUGCGACGCGAAAAAGACUGCCUAGGCGUUGUUCUGCGGCAUGGAACGAGUGAAUGCCUUUCCCAUCACAUCACACCAUGACAGCAGCAGCAGCCAAGAAACAGGGAAGGUGGCAUAUGAAGGCGGAUUCUAACUAGCUUUGUGAAUAUUGCUGUGUACUAAGCGUAGCUGAAAACACAGUUUGUCACUAGCCAUUCGAUUGGAGAGAUUCGCUUUCGCUAAUCUGCAAGCCUGAAGACAAUGUUGAGAAUCGCAGAUUGUGCUUUAGCAGCUGCUUAUUUACAUUUAGCAACUGGUGGUAAAGCUAACCUUUUUUUCAUUUUCCUCCUUCCCUGAUGUACUAAACCUGGGAUCUGUGUUGAAUGGCUCCAUAGAAUCGAAUAAUAAGGCUUGGCUGUGUGUGUACAGUGUGCACCUUUUACUGCA